UCAAUCAUCCACUGGUUCUCUUUGCUAUCUGAUCGCAGAGGAGAGGUGAGUGCAUAACGAUAUGGGGAGGUCUUCUUCGAUGCUUCUCGCUCUGGCGAUUUUGAUCUCUUGUUAUGGAAUCCAUGUGAGAUCCGACGCCUCUGAUCAUCGUUACAAGGAUGGGGAAUCUGUUCCUCUUUACGCCAACAAAGUCGGUCCAUUCCACAACCCCAGUGAAACGUAUCGAUUUUUUGAUCUGCCCUUCUGCUCAACAGGUCAUGAGAGAGAUAAAAAAGAAGCUCUUGGUGAGGUGUUGAAUGGAGAUCGUCUAGUGAGUGCGCCUUAUAAACUUGAUUUCAAAAGGGAGAAAGACUCUGAAGCUGUGUGCAAGAAGAAGCUUAAAACAGAGGAAGUUGCUCAAUUCCGAGAUGCUGUGAAAAAGGAUUAUUACUUUCAGAUGUAUUAUGAUGACUUGCCAAUCUGGGGAUUUAUAGGAAAGGUUGAUAAAGAAGGCAAAACUGACCCCAGCGAGUAUAAAUAUUUCCUUUACAAGCACAUACAGUUUGAUGUUCUAUACAACAAAGAUCGUGUGAUUGAAAUCAGUGCUCGGAUGGAUCCUCAUUCUGUGGUAGACCUGACUGAAGAUAAGGAAGUUGAUGCUGAGUUCAUGUACACUGUAAAAUGGAAGGAAACUGAUACUCCUUUUGAGAAGAGAAUGGAAAAGUACUCUCACUCUUCCUCCUUGCCACAUCACUUGGAGAUUCACUGGUUCUCAAUCAUAAACUCCUGUGUGACAGUUCUUCUUUUGACUGGUUUUCUAGCAACCAUUCUUAUGCGAGUCCUGAAGAAUGAUUUCAUGAAAUAUGCUCAAGAUGAGGAAGCAGUUGAUGAUCAAGAGGAGACAGGAUGGAAGUACAUUCAUGGUGAUGUUUUCCGGUUUCCAAAGAACAAAUCUCUGUUUGCUGCAGCACUUGGCUCUGGCACUCAAUUAUUCACUCUCACGGUCUUCAUUUUUAUUCUUGCACUGGUUGGUGUGUUUUAUCCAUAUAACCGGGGGGCUUUGUUUACUGCACUGGUAGUCAUAUAUGCUCUCACAUCAGGCAUUGCUGGCUAUACUGCUACUUCAUUCUAUAUUCAGCUCGAAGGGACAAAUUGGGUGAGAAACCUGCUGCUUACGGGAUGCCUCUUUUGUGGGCCUCUGUUCCUCAUGUUCUGCUUCCUUAACACUGUUGCCAUAGCCUAUAGUGCAACAGCAGCACUUCCUUUUGGCACAAUUGUGGUGAUUGUCCUCAUAUGGACAUUGGUAACUUCACCAUUACUUGUUCUAGGUGGCAUUGCAGGUAAGAAUAGUAAGGCUGAGUUCCAAGCACCUUGCCGCACUACUAAGUAUCCCCGAGAGAUUCCUCCUUUGCCUUGGUACAGGAGUACUCUUCCCCAGAUGGCAAUGGCUGGAUUUCUCCCUUUCAGUGCCAUUUACAUAGAGCUGUACUACAUUUUUGCUAGUGUAUGGGGCCACAGGAUUUAUACUAUUUACAGCAUCCUUUUCAUUGUCUUUAUCAUUCUGUUGAUUGUCACUGCAUUUAUCACUGUGGCUUUGACUUACUUUCAACUUGCUGCUGAAGAUCAUGAAUGGUGGUGGAGGUCUUUUCUUUGUGGUGGAUCAACUGGCGUAUUUAUCUAUGGAUACUGCUUGUAUUACUACUAUGCACGAUCAGAUAUGUCUGGUUUUAUGCAAACUUCAUUCUUCUUUGGCUACAUGGGAUGCAUCUGUUAUGGCUUCUUUCUCAUGCUUGGGACUGUGGGCUUCCGUGCCUCCUUGCUCUUUGUGCGUCAUAUAUACAAGUCCAUCAAGUGUGAGUAGCUGCCUGGUCGAACUUUUCGGUUAACUGAUCCUUUUUCUCUGUUUCUUCAAGAGAGAAAAUGGGUGUAGGAGUUUUUUAUUCUCUUGUAAGGUAGGUUAAAUAGUGUAGCUGAAAACAGAAGAAGCAUUGAGACUCCUUCCCUGUAAUUGGUGUAAUGUGACAUCUGCGGUUCAAUUGCGUGGCUUGGGGGAAGAUUUUGUUAACUAUGGGGAUUUAUUUAAUCUUUUGAUUUCUGUAGUUACUGAAAUUUAAUUCAAGUAGCUUGUAUUAGUAAUUUAACCUCUGCUGUUUUGCUUUCUGAGAAUGAUAACGUUUUUAAUGUGAGAAGUUAGUGCCGACC